UCGCUCCACCAAUCAUUUAACAGGAACCGUUGCCGGUGCCGGGACUUGUGUUGGAGCCUUUUCCUCAUUACAGCAACGUGUAUUUUCCUCAACUAAAAGCUUUUGAGCAAUGGGUCGCCGCAAGUCCAAACGGAAGCCCCCUCCUAAGAAGAAGAUGACGGGGGAUCUGGAGACGCAGUUCACCUGUCCAUUCUGUAACCACGAGAAGUCAUGUGAUGUUAAAAUGGAGAGAAGCAGAAAUACUGGGAUAAUAUCAUGCACGGUCUGUUUGGAGGAGUUCCAGACACCAAUUACCUAUCUGUCAGAGCCAGUCGAUGUGUACAGUGAUUGGAUAGAUGCCUGUGAAUCAGCAAAUCAGUAGCCCUCAUGGAGCAGGAGGCUUUUCAGGAAGAGGAUGAGGAUGUGUCUGGUGGGCCUGAGCUCAUUAGGAGCAUCCUGGUUAGAGGACAUUUUUGAAACUUUUUUCUUUUUUUUUUUUUUUUAAUUUACUGGUUUCUGUAUGGUCACUUGGAAGUCUCCUUUUCAAUAUGAGGUCCUUGGCACGAAUGGGCCCUGAAGCGCUCCUGUUGUCUUCUUCCCUUUCUGUGUGAGGUCUCAGCCAACACCUGUAGUUUUGACUCUUGAGAUUUAUUACUUAAUUUGUUCAUUGCAGUGUAUCUUGACUUAUCGUCACACAUUGAGCAGAGCCUUCUGCUUUCCAAUACAUGUUUUUUUUUUAUUAUUUGUGAUGGGUUUUAAAGAUCCUUUAGAUGCAAUGUAGACAAGCCUUUAAAUAGUAGUUUAUUUUGAAGAUUAGAAAAUAAGUUCCUGAUUUUUAUUUUGCUUUUUAAUGGCUAGAUAUUGUUAGCUGAAGAAUGUUAUUUUAUACAUCAGGCCUGUAGUGUACGUAAAUCUCAUCCUGUCAUUAUAAUGUGAAAUCUCUUUGGCUGUGGACAGAAACUGCUUGAAAACAAAAGCAUCAGUAGGUGCAUUUAAAAGUUGAAAACCCUCUCUUGAGACUAGCAUCAGAUGUAGUCGGAGGAGAGGAAGUGCUCCGGAUUUGUUUCACUGCCAGAUCUUCCUCACAAAGUGGGAACGAAGUUGAACACAGCUCAGGCCAACAGGAAUGCUGUGAUGAUUUACUGUCACUUCACCUCAAUGCAACAUAAGUCUUUUUGUGUUUUUUUUUUUUUUUUUCGAUGUUUGCAGCACUAGAUCACCCAUGUUGAUCACCCUCAGUUAAGCAUGAUUCACAGUAAUAACUACCCACAGCUCUCCUCGUCCUCAUAAAGACAAGUUUUGUCGCAGCAUUAGGUCAUUCCACUGGAGAGAGGAACGCAAAUCUACGUGUUUUUUUUUGGUUCGCUGCUUAGUUCUUCAUGCAUUCAGUUUUUCUGUUGAUUGAAUCAUUUUUUUGGUUUACAUGUUCACACAAUUAAAAAUUUCAAGAAGUGCAAAUAAUCUUUGUGAUUAAACGCAUAUGUACAGAAUAGUGUAAUCUUCUCCUGACAUCAAGCUGUAAUAUUGAGUGUUUAUUUUCCUAUGCAACAGUGUUGAAUAGCAUAAAAACAAGCUGUUUUUAAACACAAUGGAAAUAAAGGAGCAAUAAGACUUGACAUCA